UUUCCCCAUUCAAUUGUUGUUUCUCACGCAACUCUCAUGCUAUACUACGAGGCUAACAACCACUUCACUCACUUACUACACCGGCCGACCGGCAACUGCUGCCGGAUGAUGUGAUGCCCCGCAUAGAACGGAAUUUUUCAGCAGUGCGGGGAAAAGGGCGAACCUAUCGCCUUGCAGUGAGCGACAACGGAAUCUUCCUCCUGAGUGAAAGGGUCCCUGUUAGCGCCGUCAAAAUCAAUCCUGAGACUUGGCCAAGAAUGGCAAUAACGAGGAGAGCCUGCAGCCAGCUUCGUCAUUCAGGUCCUCAGUGCCUGAGCCCGAGCCUCUGACAAAGCCACUCGACCAAGUCUCAUUCGAACAGGGUACCGCUGUACCGAACGGGUGAAAAUAAAAAAAAAAGGCACAAAGUCCCAAUCAAGAUUU